AUUUUGGCUCGAAGGUAGUGUUUAUCGCCCUUGAGAGCAAUUGCGGGCUCGGAGUGACAGCUCAGCACAAGGGGACGCUGUUGGCCUCCGCCGCCGGAGGGGCGCCGCCGAGGGAUGCCGUCCAAGCGCCGCAACAACGGGCGCUCCAAGCACGGGCACGGCCACUCGGCCAUCGUCCGCUGCUGCAACUGCGGCCGGUGCGUGCCGAAGGACAAGGCCAUCAAGCGCUUCCAGGUCCGCAACAUGGUCGACGCGUCCUCCCAGCGUGACAUCCGCGAUGCCAGCGUGUACCAGACCUUCAUGCUCCCGAAGCUCUACAUGAAGAUGCUGUACUGCGUCUCCUGUGCCAUCCACGGCCGUGUCGUCAGGCCGCGCCCGGCCGCUCCGAUGGGGGCCCUCCUCGGCGGCGGCCGCGACCUCCAGGGCCACAGUCCCUGCCCGCCUGCUCGGGAAGGCCCUCGGACACUAGCUGCAGGGCAGGGGUCGCCGACCGGUGCGGUGACCACACCUCGGCGGCGAGCGAGGGAGGAAAAAGAGAAGGAUCGGUGA